CCUGCCCGGGUUGUGAGCGGUUGGAGGCUGAGGUAAGCGGCCAGAAGCCAGCAGGCCGCUGCCGCCGCCAUGAUCAAGAAGUUCGAUAAGAAGGAUGAGGAGGCUGGUAGUGGCUCAAAUCCCUUCCAGCAUUUGGAAAAGAGUGCCAUUCUCCAGGAGGCACGUAUCUUUAACGAGACCCCCAUAAAUCCAAGAAGAUGUCUGCACAUACUGACCAAGAUCCUUUACUUGCUGAACCAGGGUGAACAUUUUGGAACAACAGAAGCCACAGAGGCCUUCUUUGCAAUGACAAGGUUAUUCCAGUCAAAUGAUCAAACCUUAAGGAGGAUGUGUUACCUCACUAUCAAAGAGAUGGCCAACAUUUCGGAGGAUGUUAUCAUCGUGACCAGCAGCUUGACCAAAGACAUGACGGGGAAAGAAGACGUGUACCGAGGCCCGGCCAUUAGGGCGCUCUGCCGGAUCACGGACGGAACGAUGCUGCAAGCUAUUGAGAGGUACAUGAAACAAGCCAUUGUGGAUAAAGUCCCCAGUGUAUCCAGUUCGGCGCUGGUGUCUUCCUUACACAUGAUGAAGAUCAACUAUGAUGUGGUCAAACGGUGGAUCAACGAGGCCCAGGAAGCUGCUUCCAGCGACAACAUCAUGGUGCAGUACCACGCUUUAGGACUGCUCUACCACCUUAGGAAGAAUGACCGCCUCGCCGUUUCCAAGAUGCUGAAUAAAUUCACGAAAUCUGGACUGAAAUCCCAGUUUGCGUACUGCAUGCUGAUCCGGAUUGCCAGCCGGCUGCUGAAGGAGUCUGACGAGGGGCACGACAACCCUCUCUUUGACUUCAUCGAGAGCUGCCUGCGGAACAAGCACGAGAUGGUCAUUUACGAGGCGGCCUCCGCGAUCAUCCAUCUCCCGAACUGCACGGCCAGGGAACUGGCCCCGGCCGUCUCAGUGCUUCAGCUCUUCUGCAGCUCUCCCAAGCCUGUCCUGAGAUACGCCGCAGUCAGGACCCUUAAUAAGGUGGCCAUGAAGCACCCCUCGGCGGUCACGGCCUGCAACCUGGACCUCGAGAACCUGAUCACGGACUCAAACCGCAGCAUCGCCACCCUGGCCAUCACCACGCUCCUGAAGACGGGGAGCGAGAGCAGCGUGGACAGGCUCAUGAAGCAGAUCUCUUCCUUCGUGUCCGAGAUCUCCGACGAGUUUAAGGUGGUGGUGGUCCAGGCUAUCAGCGCCCUGUGCCAGAAGUACCCGCGGAAACACAGCGUGAUGAUGACCUUCCUCUCCAACAUGCUCAGGGAUGAUGGUGGCUUUGACUACAAGCGCGCCAUCGUCGACUGCAUCAUCAGCAUCAUCGAGGAGAACCCCGAGAGCAAGGAGUCGGGCCUGGCCCACCUCUGCGAGUUCAUCGAGGACUGCGAGCACACGGUGCUGGCCACCAAGAUCCUCCACCUGCUCGGCAAGGAAGGGCCUAGGACCCCCUCGCCCUCCAAGUACAUCCGCUUCAUCUUCAACCGGGUGGUGCUGGAGAACGAAGCCGUCAGAGCCGCUGCCGUCAGCGCGCUGGCCAAGUUUGGGGCCCAGAACGAGAGCCUGCUCCCAAGCGUCCUGGUGCUCUUGCAGAGGUGCAUGAUGGACAGUGACGACGAGGUCCGUGACCGAGCCACCUUCUACCUGAACGUGCUGCAGCAGAGGCAGCUGGCCCUGAACGCAGCGUACAUCUUCAAUGGUCUGACGGUCUCCAUUCCCGGGAUGGAAAAGGCCCUGCACCAAUACACGCUGGAGCCAUCGGAGAACCCUUUCGAUAUGAGGUCUGUGCCGCUAGCCACGGCCCCCACCUUUGAGCAGAAAUCAGAGGUAGCCCUCAUGGCCAGCAAGCCAGAGAAACUGGCUCCUUCACGGCAGGACAUCUUCCAAGAACAGCUAGCGGCGAUUCCGGAGUUCAAGAAUCUCGGCCCGCUCUUCAAGUCCUCCGAGCCAGCGCAGCUCACCGAGGCGGAGACGGAGUAUUUUGUUCGGUGCAUCAAGCACGUCUUCUCGAAUCACGUCGUCUUCCAGUUUGAUUGCACAAACACCCUCAAUGACCAAUUACUGGAAAAGGUGACCGUGCAGAUGGAGCCAUCAGAAGCGUACGACGUCCUCCGCUGCAUCCCAGCCCCCAGUCUCUCCUACAACCAGCCUGGCAUGUGCUACACACUGGUCCGGCUGCCCCUGGACGACCCCACGGCAGUCGCUUGCACUUUUAGCUGUACAAUGAAGUUCACUGUCCGGGACUGUGACCCCAACACUGGAGUGCCGGACGAUGAUGGUUACGAUGAUGAAUACGUGCUGGAAGACCUGGAGCUCACGCUCUCCGACCACAUGCAGAAAGUUCUGAAGCCCAACUUCGCAGCUGCCUGGGAGGAAGUGGGGGAUGACUACGAGAAAGAGGAGACCUUCGCUCUCAGUACCAUCAAGACCUUGGAUGAAGCUGUCAACAACAUUGUGAAGUUCCUGGGCAUGCAGCCGUGCGAGAGAUCAGAUAAAGUGUCAGAGAACAAGAAUUCCCACACCCUCUACCUGGCUGGUGUGUACAGAGGCGGCUUAGAUGUGCUGGUGAGGUCCAGGCUCGCCCUGGGUGAUGGCGUGACCAUGCAGGUGACGGUCCGGAGCAUCGUGGAGACGCCGGUGGACGUCAUCUUGGCUUCUGUUGGUUAAGAGUCGUAAUGGUUCAAAGGGGCUCCCGGGAUCUACAACACUGCAUGUUUCGUCUCUCCACCCACCCCGCGCCUUUUCUCUUGAUCAGUGGAUUCUUGUGGUAACGGCCUGGCUUCGUCUCUUCCACGGCACUGGAGCUGAGCUACAGCCAGACACCAGCUCCACCUCUACAUUCCUGUAUAAAUUAUUGUCUCCGUGCUGCCAGUAGAAUCAGGGCAGUGGGUAGAGGAUUGCCUUUUUUUUUUCUUUUUCUAAAAAAAAAAAAAAGAGCGAAACUUUUCUUGAAUUGAUUUUUAUUAGCAGAAAAUAAACAGGGUCCGUUUCCAGCAUUGACGUCUGUUUUAACUGGUGCAGUUAAUAAAACACAUUCCGUAGUA